AUAACUGAAGAUACAUUCUCAUUAUUUAUCAGCUUUUUAAAGACCAAAAUGGAAAUAUUGUACAGAACAGAUAUAUAAGAUUGUUUCUAUAAAUCUGUGGUGGAAUUCCUCUGAUAUAUUUACUCUGAAUUGUGUUAUUAGCAAACCUUCUGGACAUCACUGGCUGGAGUGUCUACAAGAUGAGCCUGUUUGCAGAUUGAACGUGGAUAAAUUUAGUUGUUUUGUGACAAAGGUAACAGUGGCCAGAAAUACAAGAGUUGAAAUAUUUGUAAACAAAAGACUACAGAAGCAAAAAGAAUAAAAAAAGAAGGUAUAUUGUGAAGUUGAAGGAAAAAUAAUGGAAAAGAGUGAGAAAGUGAAGGAACAUAUUUUUCCAGAAGAUAGCAAAAAGGAGAGACAAAAAUUGUCACAUGACUGUGAUGUGUGUAAAAAGUCUUUCUCAAAAAAAGGUAACUUAAAUAAGCACAAACGUAUUCAUACAGGAGAGAAGCCAUUUCACUGUGAUAUCUGUGGUAAAUCAUUCUCUCAAAAAAUUACCUUGACUACCCACAAACGUAUUCAUACAGGAGAGAAGCCAUAUCAUUGUAGUGUCUGUGGUACAAGAUUCUCUCACCAAAGUGUUUUAAAUAAUCACCAGCAUUGUCAUACAGGAGAGAAGCCAUUUCACUGUGAAAUCUGUGGUAAAUCAUUCUCUCAAAGAAGUGCUUUAACUAAUCACAAACGUAUUCAUACAGGAGAGACACCAUAUUCCUGUAAUAUCUGUGGUAAAUUAUUUUCUGCUAAAAGUGCUCUAACUUAUCAUAAACGUAUUCAUACAGGAGAGUCACCAUAUCAUUGUGAUAUCUGUGGUAAAUCAUUCUCUCAAAGUUGCAGCUUAACUACUCACAAACGUUCCCAUACAGGAGAGAAGCCAUACCACUGUGAUAUCUGUGGUAAAUCAUUCUCUGUGAGUUGUAACUUAACUGGACACAGACGUAUUCAUACAGGAGAAACACCAUAUUCUUGUGAUAUCUGUGGUAAAUUAUUCUCUCAAAAACUUUAUUUGACUUUACACAAACGUAUUCAUACAGGAGAGACACCAUUUCACUGUGAAAUCUGUGGUAAAUCAUUCUCUCAAAGUGGCCACCUAACUAUUCAUAAACGUAUUCAUACAGGAGAAACACCAUAUUCUUGUGAAAUCUGUGGUAAAUCAUUCUCUCAAAGUGGCACCUUAGCUUCUCACAAACGUAUCCAUACAGGAGAGAAGCUAUAUCCUUGUGAUAUCUGUGGAAGGUCAUUUACUCAACAUGGCAACUUAACUUCUCACAAACGUGUUCAUAAGGGGAAGAAACGGGAUUUUCGAAGAAAAAUUAUGGAAAAGUGUGAGAAACUAAAGGAACUGAUUUUUCCAGAAGACAGAGAAAAUGGAAGAGGAAAAUUGUCACAUGACUGUGAUGUUUGUAAGAAGUCCUUCUUUCAAAAGGGCAGCUUGAAUAGGCACAAGCGCAUUCAUACAGGUGAAAAGCCAUUUCACUGUGAAAUCUGUGGUAAAUCAUUUUCUGAAAACAGUGCUUUAACUUCUCACAAACGCAUUCAUACAGGAGAGAAGUCAUUUGAUUGUGACAUUUGUGGUAAAUCAUUCUUUCAGAGUAGUAACUUGACUACACACAAACGUAUUCAUACAGGGGAGAAGCCUUAUCAAUGUGAUAUCUGUGGUAAAUCAUUCUCUGAUCGAAGUGUUUUAAAUCGUCACAAACGUAUUCAUACCCGGGAGAAGCCAUUUCGGUGUGAAAUCUGUGGUACAUCAUUCUCUGACCGAAGUACUUUAAAUUCUCACAAACGUAUUCAUACAGGAGAGACACCAUAUCAGUGCAACAUCUGUGGCAAAUCUUUCUCUGUCUGUAUUAACCUAACUAAUCACAAACGUAUUCAUACAGGAGAGUCACCAUAUCACUGUGAAAUCUGUGGUAAAUCCUUCUCUCAAAGUGGCAACUUAGCUUCUCAUAAACGUUUCCAUACAGGAGAGAAGCCACAUCCCUGUGAUGUCUGUAACAAAUCUUUCUCUAACAGUAGUAACCUAAUUACCCAUAAGCGUAUUCAUACAGGAGAAACACCAUAUUCUUGUGAUAUCUGUGGUAAAUCAUUCUCUCAAAAAAAUAAUUUGACUUUACACAAACGUAUUCAUACAGGAGAGACACCAUUUCACUGUGAAAUCUGUGGUAAAUUAUUCUCUCAAAGUGGCAACGUAGCUAAACAUAAACGUAUUCAUACAGGAGAGACACCAUAUUCUUGUGAUGUCUGUAAUAAAUCUUUCUCUACCAGUAGUAACCUAAUGACCCAUAAACAUAUCCAUACAGGAGAGAAGCUAUAUCCUUGUGAUAUCUGUGGAAGGUCAUUUACUCAACAUGGCAACUUAACUUCUCACAAACGUGUUCAUCAGGGGAAGAAGCAAUCCCACUGAUAUUUGUGCUAAAUCAUAAUCUCUAAGGGGUUACUGAAACCCUUUACCAUGCA